AUGGAUAAAACCCACAUAAUAGCUCUAGUGAAAAACAUUCUGAAUGAGAUCCCGAAAACCCUUGUUACCGAUGUUCAGAUUCCAAAACUUUCGCCAUGCUCAUUAUGUGACGAGGAACCAAGGUGUCCUGUUUAUAGGUGCAACAAAGAUAUCGAAACGACCCUCUCGCCAUCCGAAACAGAACUGCAAGAAGACCCAAUGGAAUUAUCACCGCAAAUGACAGAGGCCAGCUGUGCUUUACAAAAUAAAGACGCCUUCUCUUCAGCCAAAAAUGCUAUUGAACCAACUUCUGAAAUAUGCUCCAAGUGCUCCGAAGCCAUCUCUCCAGAACUUUCAAAACCGGUCGUAUUAUUGACAU